AUUCCUGAGCUCAGGGCCGAGGAUUAGGCAGAGAGCAGCCCCAGUACGAUGACAGCAUCCAGCACGUAGCCAAACCCCCCGCACUCCAACAUCACCAACAUCCUCUGGACGCCGCGGAUACCUUUUAUUCCCCACAAACCGACACCGUCUCCCCCGAAAUCCUCCGCAUCUUUCGGGGGGAUAAAAACCCCCUCAGACCGCCGCUCCGUCCGACUCCUCCUCAGACCACGAGGUGGCCGCACCAGAUCGGGAUUGGCCCUGAUGAUCACAAAGAACCCUCUCCACCUCCUUUCAGCCAAUCCUGGAGGGCCUACAGAGCUGAUGUCUCAGAGGACGCGAGGGUACGUGUGUUGUGGAGUCCUGAAGAGACAAGCUACAUCACGUGAUCGAAGGGGGGCGGAUGUGUCAGUGAUCACACUCGUGCAGCUGUCAUCUACCUCGUCUCUCUGAGCCUUCUUCAUUCACGUCAAUCUGCCUCAAUCCGGAUAAGCAGGAGGUGCUAAAGUGACACCCUGACCAAUGCAGGCCAGUGCAGAGCGAAUGCCUCUAAUCCUCUUAAAGCACAGACCUACACUACAUGCUUUACUACCAUUGAGGGGGGCUAUAGUCACCGCUGGCCUACAACCAGAGAUCACUUCACCACAGAUGACCUGAAACUCUGCUGAUUUAGUCACUGAUAAAUGGAGGAGAAGGAGCGAUGUAGGAGCAGGUCUCCGGCUCGGAGGGCCAGUCGGGUGCAGCAGGUGGUGGGAACAAUAAUACGACGCACCCGAGAGUCCCUCAGCAGAGAGCGGUUGCUAGGCGAUGGGAGGUCGCAGCGCUCCAACAGUCUGUCCAAUCAGAACUUCCAGGCCAAGCUGACGCUGCAGAUCACCAGGGACCCGGUCCUGGACAGCAGCACUGGACAUGGCUUCACCCUCACCACAAACGCACCCCUGCUGGUCAGGGACGUCGCUGCAGGGAGUCCUGCAGAUGGGAUACUAUACCCAGGGGACCAGGUGCUGCAGAUUAAUGAUGCAGUGCUGGAGGAUUUGAGUGCAGAGCAGGUGGAAAACGUCUUAAGGGACUUGGAGGAUUGUAUCAAUGUGACUAUCCUUCGACACAUGACAAAUCCCAAGUCAUCCAUUAUGUCAGCAGAGAAGAGAGCUCGUCUGAGGAGUAAUCCAGUUAAAGUGCGCUUUGCAGAGGAGGUGGUGGUCAAUGGGCACACUCAGGGAAACUCUCUUCUCUUCCUGCCCAAUGUCCUCAAAGUCUAUUUAGAGAACGGACAAACCAAGGCUUUCAAGUUUGACAACACUACUACUGUCAAGGACAUUGUUCUGACUCUGAAGGAUAAACUGUCCAUCCGGGCUAUUGAGUACUUCGCCCUGGUGCUAGAGCAACAGUACAGCAUCACUAAGCUACUGCUACUGCAUGAAGAUGAGUUCAUACAGAAGGUGGUGCAGAAAAAAGACUCCCAUGAUUACAGGUGUCUGUUCAGGGUUUGUUUCAUCCCCAGAGACCCUGUGGACCUGCUGCAGGAUGACCCCUCUGCCUUUGAGUACCUCUUUUUACAGAGUGUUGGAGACGUGCUGCAAGAGCGUUUUGCAGUAGAGAUGAAGUGUAACACAGCACUCCGCCUGGCUGCCCUGCACAUGCACGAGAGACUAGAUAGCUGUGGACAGACCAGAACCUCUAUCAAGAGUAUUACAAAGGAGUUUGGUCUGGACAGCUUCAUCUCUCCCACACUGCUGAGCAACAUGAGAGAGAAAGACCUGAGGAAAGCCAUCAGCUACCACCUCAAAAAGAUUCAGUCCCUGCUCGAGCCACGCCAGAAGGUAAUAUCUGCCUCUCAGGCUCGGUUGGCCUACCUCACUCAGCUGGGAGAGCUCAUCUCUUAUGGAGGUCGCUCCUACACAGCUACAAUGAUGCUUCAGGACAGGGAAGUUCUGGUCAGCUUGCUUGUGGGAGCCAAGUAUGGAAUGAGCCAGGUCAUAAACCACAAGCUCAAUGUGAUCUCUACACUGGUCGAGUUCAGCAGCAUCAGCCGAGUGGAGCUGCUAUCGGAAUCAGACAAAGUCAGCCUACUGCGCAUCUCACUGCAUGACAUGAAGCCAUUUGCCUUACUGAUGGACUCUCUGGCAGCCAAAGACUUAGGGUGUCUGCUGGGAGGCUACUGCAAACUCCUGGUGGAUCCCAAUGUUAAUGUCUUCCGUCUGGGGCGCCCAAAAGUGAGGGUGCACCGGAUCCCUGCUGAAGAAGGUGUGUGUGGGAGGUUCGCCGUAAUAGAAGGCGUGUGCUAUGAAUCCCUAUCAAGUUAUGUGUCUCGCUGCUGCAGUGACUCAGACAACUCAACAGAUGAAGAUGACCCGAUGGAUUCUCAGAAUUACAAACGUCCAGAUCCAGCAAGUCAAGACUGGGAGGAAAGGAGGAGAGAGGAGGAAGAAAAAAGGAGAGAAGAAGAGAGAAAAGAGAGGGAGGAGCACAAAGGCAAACAGGAAGUGAAGAUAAUAGUGACAACAGAAGGUAAGGAAAAUGAGAGUGAAGAGGAAGGAGGGGCAACAGGAUGUGGCCUCCGUAAAUUCAGUGUCAUGGAUGAAGAAAUGAACUUGGAGACCACCUGGUACCACACUGACCCGCGGGUCACCAGUAGCUUCUCCAGCUUGUCCAGUGGUUCCCUGAGCGCUGCUCUGGAGGAGAGCAGUGCUGCCGCCAAAGCCUCAUCUCGCCUGGAUGCUCUUCGUGGACCACGCACAGCUGAGGAUCUUCCAAGCUUGGAUGUUCACCACCCCUACCUCCUGGAGCCAAAACGGCACCAAGGGCCCCUGCGACCCACCAAUCUCAAUUACCGUGGCAAUGACAAUUCUUGUCUUUGUUUUGCUGAUCUCUCCAAGGCUGAUUUCCUACCUAGCCCUCCUGAGGCUACUAGUGAUGAUGAUGAUGAAGAUGACGAUGAUGAGGAGGAAGAACUUGGACUAGCUGGACUUAGACGCAUUUCUAAGAUCCCUAGUUCAAGAGACUUGAGAAUGAUAGAUAGCAUGCCCUUUCAAAGAUCACCUAUCAAAAAAAAGAAAAAGAUCCCUCCCAAAGUCCCAGUAAGGACAAGUUCAAUUCCUGGAAACAAGGCAGGACAGUCUGAGCACCGUCUGUCUAAGGAUGAAGAGAGUCUAUUUUUGACACCUUCACCAAACCCCAAACCAGCUCUUUUGGUCAAAGACAAUGUCUCCGAGUCUGAGGAUGAGUUUUUUGAUGCACAGGAGAGAUUUACUCCACCAGUCCCUGAUCUAUCAGACGCUGAGCUGGCUGAUCGGCAAAAUGCUAAUCGUUUAAGUGGAACCUGGAAUGGUCUUCCAGCUGUGCCAAGGAAAGAACCGUCAUCACCCCUUGCCAAUAAAGCCCAGUCCAGUAAAAUUAAGAAGGGAACAGAAACACCGAAAGGCCACUUAAAUCCACAAGUCAGGCAGCAACACAGUUCUCCAAAGCCAUCCCAGAAACCUGAAGUUAAAGUCAAACCACCAUUGGCACCAAAGCCUCAGCUGCCUCCUAAACCUCAGAUCAUUCCUCCCAAGUCCCCCCAACAUGGCAGAUCAUAUGCCCAAUGCAAUGGGGAUGCCUCUGGACGUUUGUCUUCUGAACUCCUGGAAAUGGAGCCAGAUACCAUGGAGUUCAAGUCUGUCACAUCGGGCGGAUUGCCUCCCUCGUCCCUGAUCACAGCAGUGCGGUGCAGCAAGCAGCCACUUCCUAUCACAACUACACAAGCUGAGGAAAAGACAGAAAGGCAGGAAAACAGCCCAAAACUGAAAAAGGGUCUGCCACGUGAAAAUGGAGCACAUGUUGUUUCCAAAGACAAAACAUACAUUCCUAAUGAAAAGGAAACUCCUAAAGUUGAGGGCAAAAGCAAUGUGAAUGACUUACUAACAAAAAAGCCAAGCCUACCCCAUAUCCCUCGCUCAAAUUCAGGUACCAAGCUAGCUAUUCCCCCUCCGGUGCCCCCCAAGCCCACUUCUCCCACCAAUCUUCACCCCUUAUCACUACCUGCUAGCUCUCCUGUCUCCCCUACUGAUCCAAGCAAAGGGAUUUUUAAGGAUACUGUCAGUCCACCAAAUGGAAUCCACCCUUGGAGCAGCCGCAAUGGCAGCAUCCAGUCAGGGCCUAGGAGGGUUUCUCUGAGCCAUGAGAGCCUAUCACCCAAAAAUACAGAUGCACCGCUCACUCUUACAACCUCCCUCACCUCAACCACCUCUAAAGGUGUCGGGGGCCUAGAAGGCAGGGAACCUGGAAGAUCUGGUUCGGGAUCUGACCUGAGAACCAGCUCAUCCAGCCUGGGAGGCAGACUACCAGCAUCUGCUCUAAGAGGGAAGAUUCAGGCUCUGCCUUGGUACAUGACCAGGUCCCAGGAGAUUCUAGGAACUCUAGACUAUCCCUCCACUAGCUCCAUCAAUGGGGACACAUCUGGAUUUGGAUCUGGUUUGUCUGUAGCCAGCGGUUUAUCGGACUUAAACAAAACACCUGUCAAGGACAAAGAGACAGUGAUCUCAAAUUCAGGAAGCAAAGGUAACAUUUUAGAGGAUGGAGCUGAGGUGGUCAUAGCAACUAUCAAAGAGGCCCAGGAAGUGACCGCACACAUGAAGAAGGCCGAUGGUACAAAUGGCUCACACCCUAAUCUCAGUUUUAGAGAAAACAGUGCACUCAUCGGCAGUGUGUCAUCAGAACAGCCUCAGUCACGGCCUCAUUCAGCAGUGGGGUUGGGAGGUGUGACUGACAUGCAAAUUGGAGGUGACUCACCAACCUCUUCACUUGCUGACAGUACUCCUCCGCAGCAGCCCCGGGAGGCUUGUGGCUGCCGCACUGUUUACGCGAAUUGUUUCAGUGGUGACACAGAGGAUGGUGUUAGCUUUGACGAGGAGCUCACUGUUUAUGAGUUUUCCCGCCGAAUACGUCCCAAAACUGCACCCGUCCCUUCACCGACAACACCAUCACCAAAACCCAACAUUCUGUCCCUGCUGCGGGACAACCCUCGCCCGCUGUCUACUUUCUCAACUGCCUCCUCUGAACUCAGUCCUCUAGUUUCACGUCCAGUUUCACCCACAACUUCACUUGGUGGUCCUCUUCGUUCUCUUACUAACAAGAAUUAUGGUGGGCUGAAGGGAGGCUUUGCUUCUCUACGACAAGAUAUAGAUCAACUUCUUCUAGUCUUAGAGAGGGGACCACUUGACCAACCACAACAAACACCAUCGCAAGAUUUGAAGCAGGAUGGCACAGGCUUAAAAGGAGAGCCUGACCUAAAUCACAAUGGAACUGAUGACAGUACUACCCCAGCACCAGGCCUAAACUGUACUGGGAUAAGCCCUGCCACCAUGACAGAGGCUGAAAGGAGUCUUCUCCAAGCAGAGGCUCGACGAUUGGCAUCUGGAUGUCAGCGGGCCACACGUGUAGGCUGGGCGCCGGAUGAAGCCCUACGUUCUUUAUCAAACAGCUUCAGCGCCUUGGUUCAGUUGGCAGCAGCCUGCUUGCGAACAAACCCCUGCCCUGGUUGUGACACCUGCCAUAAAGUGAGUCUGCUCAACAGGGACGAGGAUGAUGACAGCCAGGAAGCCAUGGACAAGCUAAGAGAGAUAGUGGGUCUGUACCGAGAGUUUGUGGUGGCUGUUGAGACUGCUGGAACUGGUGGUGGAUUCGGGAGUAAAAAUGCAGGCCUCAGUGGGUCUGGACAGGGUCAGGGGGAGGGUGACGGGGUGAGGCUACUAGCCAAACGCUGCACUGUGCUCAUCUCCUCUGUAUUCGCACUCACACAGCUCUUCCGGACACAUACACUAGAUCCCUCGGACACGCCUGGCCGUGUACCUCUCAACUUUUGAUCUGUGAACUUUUAACCACUAAUAACCCACUGACUCUCGAGCUGGGGCAAGAGGAAACAGCACAGAGCUAUCUGGUGUGUAACUCCUGUGCAUUUGUACAGUAAGUGCCAUGCACACCACAGCACACACUUACACACACUACACAUGGAAACACAUACACCAAACAUAACACUAGAUGAUGAGAGGAAAUUUCAUUGCUCAGCCUCUCCUUGGACGCAUAUGGACUAUGCAUUUGUAGAUACGAAUUUUAUAAUUAUCUUAUAAUUCUCUUAUUUUAUGAUACAAUAUGUGUAUGUAUGUAAGGAUGGAUAACCCAUGUAUGUAUUUAUGUAUUUAUUUUUACAAUAUUUGCACCAUGAUCUGUGAUGUUCAGGUCUCUGGUGAGAAAAAAAAACUAUGGAUGUCACUGGAAUUUUUAUUUUUCCUUCUCUUUGAGACAGUAUUAUGUUAUCUUUUGCUGCUUUAAAGAUUUCUCCACUCCACAAGGUGUAAUCUGUAAAUUGUCAUUUUUCAAUUUUAUUAUUACAGUGCGUUUACUGACAGAAUACAGAAAAUAGACUUUAUCACAUGUGCAAAAUAUAGUAAUUGACUGAUUUGUUUUAUAUGUGCAGCGUUUGCACCUUUGUAAGGAUUUAGUUUUUCAACAUUACAGUCAUAUAUAAAUGGGAUACAAAACUAUACCAUUACACAGCAGGGAGAGCACUUUUGACUGUUACAGAUUGCACCUUUUUAUGAGACACAUACCCCUGUGUAAAAUCUUUUUUCUACCCCUUCCUUGUUCCAACUGACUCUGAGUGAAUACUUCUUGGAAAUACUCCCAUUACCCAAACGUAUGCAGUAUUAUAACAUUAAUCUAGUUUUCAUCCAAAGGACACAUACAUAUAUAUUUUCUGGGAAUGUGUGGGUGGGGCCCAGGCAGCAAAACAGGGUUAAAAUGUUUAUGUAGUUAAUGUUUUUAACUAGGCACAAGGGUGACUGUUAAACUUUGUCCAGAUGUAGCAAAGAUCCAAAGUCUUAAAACACUGAGCCACAACUCUUCCCUGCUAUGGUUUCCUCUUUGGGCACGCCCCAUUUUAUUAGUAACAUGCUGACUGACAGAUGGACUGACUGCUGUAUGCUGGGGUCAGAUCUGUAGAUAUACAUUUAUAUCUCUGUGUCCUAUUUUGUCCUUACCUUAGUUUAUGGCUAUGCAAACAUAAACUCCUCAACCCCCACAUACCAUAUUUAUGUUUUUUGUGCUAACAUUAAAAACAACAACAGCUGCAUUAUGUUUGUUUGAAUAUAAUGGGUGCUUUCUUUGUUUGGAAUGUUGGCUUUUGUCUUGUUUCAGAAAAAAAAUAUUUUUCUGCAUUAUGGAUUGCAACGUUUUGCAAAGUCGCAUGGCAUUAGCAUUUGUCAAUAUAAAAACUCCUGUCUAUACUGAUGUCUGUGAAUUGUCAGUAAAAGGAUUACAUUGCUCGAUCGGUUUGCUGAUGUACAGUGUUCACUAGUCAGAUUGUCCAUAUCACAUCAUUUGAUGAGCCAUCCGAUUUGUAGGAUUUACUUGAGCCACCUACGACAACAGGAAGGUAAUUAGGCCAAAUCAGUCAGCAGUUGCUUAUACAAAUAUGAUAAGGGGAUUAGCUGAAAAAAAGACAGCUUUAGAGUUCAGAGACAGGUGGCGAGGAGACAGGCUGUGUAUUAAAUCUUCUAAACUGAUGACUGAGGGAAAUUCUCUCUAGGUGGCAAUAAAAAAAAAAAAUAAUGAAAAAGUAAGAUUCUUGUGUGCGCCUCCAGUUGCCAUGGAGGUAAUGUCCAGUAGCAGUGUCCAUCAUAGCACUAACAUCAGAACAUUUGGUAACGUCGCAGGAGUGUCUCCUGUUGUUCAUCAGGCAGGCUAAAACAGUACAGAGUGUCACCGGCUUCUUCCUGUAAGGUAAACUUCUAUGAACAGCAUUUCAUAUUUGGAGAGAACAUUGUGUUUCUACAUAGGCAGUCACUUUUCCUUAUCCACGUUACAAUAAAGUCAAUGUACCAAGAAAUGUAUUAUUUGGGAAUAAAUGACACACUGACCUUAAUAA